AUGGCAAUGUCAGCCGAUGAAGGAGGUGGAGAGGGCUGUCAGUAUAUAAACAGGGAACAGUCUUGGUCUCAGUACCUUGUAUUUCCCUCAGCUUGCCUCAGCAUCUCUGCUCUCACGCCUCCACCCACCAACACCACCAAAAUGGCCUUUGCUGGAAGAUGGGAAACUGAGUCCCAGGAGGGAUACGAUGAGUUCUGCAAACUGCUUGGUAUCCCUGAUGACAUUAUUGAGAAGGGCCGUGACUACAAGCUGAUCACAGAGGUCACUCAGAGCGGCGACGACUUCUCCUGGACCCAGAUCUACCCCACAAACGCCAAGGUCACCAACAAGUUCACCGUUGGCAAGGAGUGCGACAUGGAGACCAUCGGAGGAAAGAAAUUCAAGGCCACAGUGCACAUGGAGGGAGGCAAGCUGAGCGUGACCUUCCCCAACUACCACCACACCUCUGAGAUCAGCGGAGGCAAGCUCGUUGAGACCUCCAAAGCUGGUUCUGUAGUGCUGAAGAGAACCAGCAAAAAGAUCUAACUGCUGACUGACCUUUGACCGCUUAAAAAUGGAUUAAUAAACUUAGAAUAUGAACAUGAACCACAACAUGUUUCCAUCUACACUUCCUAGUGUUUGUUUUUGUUUGUAUCCUAUUGUAGUGCCAUACUUUUAAGGGUAAUGUGUGAUUUUAAGCCACUGCUUCUGUUUUUGUUUUUUUAAUAUAAGAGGUUAUGCAAGAAGAAUCCGGGCUUUUGAUUAAUGCCACAGCUUAAAGGGGGUCAAUGGGUUCAACUUUGCAGGGAUUGGCAGCAGAAGUAGCAGCGCUAUUAAAAUGUUUUUGACUCUUAACUCAAUGAGUUAACCUAUGAGCCAUAUGAAUGGGGUCGCAAAGGUUCGCUAGACACUGUUUAUGUCUCAUUAGCAUCAACGUGUAAAUGUGUCUCUAAUCACAAACUAGAAAUGGAAAAUGGCCAUUUAGUGUGCAAUAUGCAAUAAAGUUAAAAUAUGUUUGUCAGUUAUAUAAGACUAAUAUAACAAGAGGUGGUGAUAGAGGAUGACAAAUAUGUGGAUUUUUGUUAGCAAUAUUACUAAUCUGGGUUGUAGGUAGACGUAAACAAGUCGUCUACCUACAACUGGAUUAGUUACAAUUACUGCCGUGGCAUCUCACAACACUGUAAUGUAUGUAAAUGAUUUUUCUUUUAAACCACUUUGGAUUAGCCUUUACAAAAAAAUAAUAAUAAUACAGAUUAUAACCUUAAACAUUUACACUUUUUAACAGAAUUUUGACAGUUUUUAAUGGACAGCUGGACAGCUUUUCCCCUGCAAAAGCAAAACCUCAGUGACUGGGUUUUUCAGUCAGCUUCACCUAUUUCAACAAUAAACUUCAGAUUUCUUGCUA